AAUAAUUCAACAAGAUAAAAAUCGUCCCCACAUUAAUUUCACAUGUUUCAUACUUUCUUCUUCACAAUAGCUUUUCAAGAUUCCACUCCAAGCACUGAGAAAUUAAAGUUUUUUCCUUGAACAUUUAUUUGGAUACAUAUAGUGAUAUAGAGAGAGUACUCAAAAGGAAGAAAUUAUAGUGGAAAAUGGAGGAAGUGAGUAACAAACAGAUUUUACUAAAGAAUUAUGUAAAUGGUGUCCCUAAAGAAUCAGAUAUGGAAUUGAGAAUUAGCACUAUGAAAUUAAAGGUUCCAGAAGAUUCUAAUACUGUGUUGGUGAAAAAUUUGUACUUGUCUUGUGAUCCUUACAUGAGACCUCGUAUGAAGAAAACAGAGGGCAGUUACACUGAUUCUUUUACUCCUGGCUCUCCUAUUGUGGGGUUUGGAGUUGCUAAAGUUGUGGAUUCAGCUCAUCCAAAAUUCAAGAAAGAUGAUUUAAUUUGGGGAAUAACUGGAUGGGAAGAGUACAGCAUCAUCAAAGCUCCUGAGACUCUCUUUAAAAUUCAUAAUACAGAUGUGCCUCUUUCCUACUAUACAGGAAUCCUAGGGAUGCCUGGAAUAACAGCUUAUGGAGGUUUUUAUGAGCUAUGCUUCCCAAAGAAAGGAGAAACUGUUUAUGUUUCAGCUGCAUCAGGUGCUGUUGGCCAGCUUGUUGGACAAUUCGCUAAGCUAUUAGGUUGCUAUGUUGUUGGAAGUGCUGGAAGCAAAGAAAAGGUUGAACUGUUGAAGAACAAAUUUGGUUUUGAUGAAGCAUUUAACUAUAAAGAGGAACAAGAUUUAGCUGCAGCUUUGAAAAGGUACUUCCCUGAUGGAAUCGAUAUUUACUUUGAGAACGUUGGAGGAAAGAUGCUUGACGCAGUUCUUCUCAACAUGAGACUUCAUGGCCGGAUCGCUGUAUGUGGGUUCAUCUCACAAUACAACCUCGAGCAAUCUGAAGGAGUUCACAACCUGUUCUGCCUCAUCUCAAAACGACUCCGUAUGCAAGGUUUUCUGGCUGUUGAUUACUUUCCCCUUUACCAAAAAUUCGUAGAAAUGGUUACUCCACACAUAAAAGAAGGGAAGAUAAAAUAUGUGGAAGACAUAGCUGAAGGAAUUGAAAGUGCACCAGGUGCUCUAGUCGGCCUCUUCUCCGGUCGUAAUGUUGGAAAACAAGUGGUGCUUGUUGCUUAUGAAUGAACUUAUAGAGUGUGUUUGGUACGACGGAAAUCAUUUCCCCCCUUUUGAUGGAAAUUAUUUUUCCUCAUGUGACUAAAUGCCAGUAAAUGACUUUCUCAUGGAAAUCAUCAAGAUUGAUGUGUUUGCUCUAUCAUAUAAACAUAUUUUAUCAAGUAUGCAAGUCUGCGCCAAAAGUUGAUUUGA